AUGGAUACUAUCAUUAUUCUUCAUGGUAUCCAAUUCAAAAAUGAUGAUUAUUGUUUAUCAAAAUCAAUCUUUAAGGUUUUUAAGCAUACACAUUUAGUUCUUGAUAUCCAGCAACCAUGUAAUUGUUUUGUAUUUAUGUUGCAAAACAUCACUUAUGCAGACCAGGGAUCAGUUUGUCUAUCAAAUCAAUCGAUUAUUGAUGGACUGACUCAAGAAUGUAUGACUAUUGAUUCGUAUUGCUCACCUGUGGGAAGUAGUACUGUAUCACUAUCACCAUCAAAUGAUGAUGGAAAAUGGAAAACAAUAUUAGCAAUAGUGAUUCCUUCAACAGUUAUCGUUAUCAUUUUGUCUUUAAUUGGUAUUUAUAUAUUUCAAAAACGUCAACAAAAUAAAUCUGAUACAAAUGUCGUGAUGAAGGAUGGGAUCGUGAAUAUGUUUGCUAAAAAAUAA